UCGAAGCCGUAACAUCCGGGUUCCUCAGAGGAGGAGCCCUGGACUAGAGUUGAGACAGAGAUAGGAAAAGGGAGGGGGGAAAAAGAGAGGCAGGAGUAGCGGACCAGAGAGGGAACCGCCCCAGCCCUCCAGAGGCAUCUCCCAUUGUAGCAGAAAGCUACGGGACCAUGGCAGAGCCACCAAUAGAAGAUGAAGGGGAGGAAGCAGCCCAAGGCCAAGCAAAGCAGGAGCCAACUCACCAGGCCACCGUGGCAGCCAAGAAUCUCGCCAUCUUGAAGGCUCGAUCCUUCGAUGUCACCUUUGAGGUGGGAGAUGAAUAUGAGGUCAUUGAGACGAUCGGCACCGGAGCUUACGGUGUGGUCAGCUCUGCACGUCGUAAGGAUACAGGCCAGCAGAUGGCCAUCAAGAAAAUCCCUAAUGCCUUUGAUGUGGUGAUGAAUGCAAAGCGCACUCUGCGGGAGCUGAAGAUCCUUAAGCAUUUCAAGCAUGACAACAUAAUCGCUAUCAAGGAUAUCCUUAAACCCUCUGUGCCUUAUGCUGAAUUCAAAUCCGUGUAUGUGGUGCUGGAUUUGAUGGAGAGUGACCUGCAUCAGAUCAUCCAUUCUUCUCAGCCUCUUACCUUGGAGCAUGUCCGCUACUUCCUCUACCAGCUAUUGCGGGGACUCAAAUACAUCCAUUCGGCCAACGUCAUUCAUCGGGACCUCAAGCCCAGCAAUCUGUUGAUCAACGAAAACUGUGAACUUAAGAUUGGGGACUUUGGUAUGGCCCGAGGUCUCUGCACCAAGCCGGACGAGUACAAGUACUUCAUGACGGAGUAUGUGGCCACCCGCUGGUACAGGGCUCCUGAGCUGAUGCUCUCCCUCCAUGAGUACACCCAAGCCAUAGAUAUGUGGUCAGUUGGGUGCAUUUUUGCCGAGAUGCUUGGGCGGAAGCAGCUCUUUCCAGGGAAGAAUUACAUCCAUCAGCUUCAGCUCAUCAUCACCGUCCUGGGCACUCCUCCGGCCAAAGUUGUCCAUUCCAUUGGGGCUGACCGGGUGCGGGCCUACAUUCAGAGCCUGCCCUCACGCCAACCGGUGCCAUGGGAGACCCUCUAUCAGAAUGCUGACCGGAAGGCCUUGUCUUUGCUCUCAAAGAUGCUCCGCUUUGAUCCCCGUGAGCGAAUAUCAGUGGUGGAGGCCCUGAAUCACCCCUUCUUGGCCAAGUAUCACGACCCAGAUGAUGAGCCCAACUGCGUCCCAGCUUUUGAUUUCGAUUUUGACAAACAGGUACUCACCAAGGAGCAGAUCAAAGAAGCCAUAGUGGCCGAAAUCAAUGACUUCCAUGAACGUCGGGAGGGCAUUCGGCGCCAGAUCAGCUUCAAGCCAACCUUGAGGCCUGCUGCCAUUAGUGGGGGUUAUGGAGAUGAAACCUCCAGCCAAACCCAUCUUCUGUACUGCCAUGAUGUGGAUAUGCCCAGUGCUGGUUCACCUCGAAUGGCAGACGGUGACUAUGCAAUGGCGUCUCCUGUCCUAUGUUCCCUGACUGAGACAAUAGAUCUCACCUCACCCCUCGCAACUACAGCUGUGGUCCAGCCUGAGGUGAAGGCCGAAGCAGAAACCCCCGCAGCACCUCCCAAGAGGGAAGGUGCCAUCUCAGAUGACACUAAGGCUGCCCUCAAGGCUGUUAUCUUAAAAUCUGCCCUCCGAAAUAAGAAUAAAGAUACGGCAUCCUGUGUCCCAGAGACUCCUGAUAUCCGAAGGCCAGUGACGGCAAAGGAGCGCCAACGGGAGCGAGAAGAGAAACGCAAGCGGCGCCAGGAACGGGCCAAGGAGCGGGAGAAGCAGAAGAAGGAGAAAGAGAGGGAACGCAGGGACAUGCUGACAGAGAAUGACCGCAACCUUCUGGAAAGGUGGACCAAAAUGGUGGACCGAACCCAAAGCAAGCCAGCCCAGAAUGGGUCUGCAGCCCUCCCGCAGACAACCACUCCCAGCCACAACUUGCCUCAAGCCCCUUCUGGCAACCACUUGCCACCUCAGGUGCCCCCCGCUUGCCAUAUCCCGGCUACCCCUUCCAGCAACACCCCUGCGCCAACUGACUUUCUGACUUUCUCAGACAAGGAGGUGCCUACUGUGGGACCCAAGCUGACGAUUGUUCCUGUGGGUUCAGUUCAGAGCUCCAGUACAAAUGUGGUUCAUUUUUUCCCAGCGCAAACUGCCCCGUUCCUGGUGGCCACCCCAGCUUGCCAAAAAGCCAUCCCCUCAAAGCCAGAGUGCCUCCUGAGUGUCAAAUAUGCCCCUAGCCCGAUCUUCCAAGCUCCUUAUGGCGUUGCGGCACUGAAUGCUUGGAGUGGUGUCCCCUCGCCUGAGAACUGGGCUGCGGCAGGUCAGCUGCCAGUGACCCAACCAGAGGUAGCGUCUUCUAGUAGCGCUCUGCCCGAACAAACAAGUUUUGGGACCACUAUGGAGCAGCCUCUGUUCCUGGCAGAAAUGGGCAAACCUGAGCCUCCACCAUCAGGUUUUGUUGACGAAACAUCAUCAGUGGCAAAGGGGCCUGCUCAGCACCAGAUAACCUCAGACCUGCCUUUGGAACCUCCAGAUAUUAAUGUGGUGACACAGCAGCUGUCUAAAUCCCAGGUGGAAGAUCUCCUGCCUCCUGUUUUCUCUGGAACCCCAAAAGGCAGCGGUGCUGGCUAUGGGGUUGGGUUUGACUUGGAAGAAUUCCUGAACCAGUCUUUCGAUAUGGUAGGAGAGAACAGAGAAAGCCAAGGAGAUUCUGCCCCGCUUUCGGCCUCCCUUCUUGCCGACUGGUUGGAAGUCCAUCGGAUGAACCCAGCCGAUAUGGAGUCCCUCCAACAAGAACUCCAGCUGGGCUCUCCCAUGAUCCUCUCUGACAUUCCUGACCUCCAGGAUGCAUGAAAAGCUGGAAUACCGUCUGCCAUUUUCUUCUUUUCCAAAAUCAUUGCCUGGAGGUGGGAAGGGGAAAAAAACAAAAGCCCAGCAAAGGCCGAGCAAACUUGGAGAGUUCACAACUGAUCCAUUUGCCUUCACGAUUACUCCGGCUGGGAACCGCAGUGCCUGUGUCUGUUGCGUUGAAGCAAAUGCGGAACUGGGCUGGUGUUUGGACUGAAGGACUUUCCCGGAAAGGUGUAAGGUGAUGGUGUGUUAUACCCAUGUCACCUUGUGUUGGGUGUGUUUUGUCAAGCAGGAAUGAAAGCUGUCCCAAGACUGCAAGAACAAUACUAAGGGUGUGUGUGUGUUUGUGUAUUACUUGUUGCCUUUGAGACAGCUGUCAAGUAAAUUCCUUCCUGACCCCUCACUGUGUCUUCCUUACCUCCUAGCCUAAAAUAUGGAUAUUGGUUUUCACAUAUAGUGCAUCAAGAGGUGUUUGAAGGGGCAAAUAUCUGGAGAAAUAUUUUUUCCAGAAAAAACGUGAGUAGUAAAUACAGCUAUAGCUUACUUUGUCUUUAGACUUGUGAAAUAGUUGGAUUGUAACAGAGGGAGAUAAAAAGCCCUGCCAAUUGCUGUAUUCGACUAGUUGUCCAUUUAGCUUGAUGUGUGUUCAGAUUGGUCGCAGCAAGUAACCAGUCUCUUCUUGAACUACUUUAACUGGAAAUGCCAAGCAUUUAUCUUAGCAUAUUCUACAGCUGGCUGGAUGAUGGAUGCCUGAGGGAUAUAUUUUUGGACUGCAACCCUUAUCAUCUUGGCAUUAUAACCAGGAGUAAGGGAUGAUAGGAGUAGCAUUCAGAGACACUAGAGCGGGCACAGUUGCCCAGUCCUGCUCUGCAAUAUGUGCUAUGCUUAUGAUGUAACGGCUGUCUCUUAAAUGGCAUCUACUGGGAUUUCACAAACCCAAUGUUCAGGAAUGGUUGGUGUUGGUACUUUGGGACUUAGUAGGGUUUGGACCAGUGAUCCACAAACUUUUUGAACAGAGGGCCAGAUUUCAGUCCCUCAAACUGUUGGAGGGCCGGAUUAUAAUUUGAAAA